AUGUUGCUUAAGGACUGCCUUGGGUUUGCCAUCAGCCUUUGGCUGUGUGCUGAGAUUUGCUUUGCAGCAGUACACGAAGACUUAAAGUGCGGUCUAUCGGGUGUGUACCGACAGCGACAGAGCGUGAUAGCGUCGCCCAAUUAUCCUAACAACUAUCCGAUGAAUACGUGUCUGGACUAUGUAAUAAGAUCGCCUUAUCGCUGCUCCACAAAGUUCCACAUACAAUUCCUUGACUUUCAACUGGAGUUAUCCGAGAACUGCAAAAAUGACUAUAUGGCUGUAGGCUUGCAGAAUGAUGGAGACGAUAUGGACGUGUUGUGUGGCCACGUUGUGGGUAUAAAGAAGUAUCGCACGCUUGACGGUGUGCUGAGAUUGCGGUUUUUUACUGACGACUCACCUUGGACCACGGCACGUGGCUUCAAGCUCAUAGUGACACGUCUGGCGUGCGAGCGGGAGGAUCUGUCGCGAGGCCUGGACGUUGAUGUCGAUGAAGAGGACACGGUGGAGAUCAAUUCCUUAAACCCGUCAAAAAAAUUACUAUCACCAGGUAUAUUUCAGCCACAAUUGUUCCAGAAUGUUAGUCAGCAGAGCCAGCACAUACCUCAAACUCGGCCGUACUUGAAUCCCAAUACACCUGCAUCUGCCUUAGACGGGAUUUAUCUGCCCGUCUACGGCAAUGGCUUAAGUUCAUUACCCGUUAGCACAGCCCAGCAUUGGCAAACCCCGGGCUCACCAUUGAUAGCCCAACCUUGCAUAAAUACUGAGCAGAACCACCAGCAGCUUCGACAACUCCAACAGCUGCAACAGAAACUACAGCAAGACCAGAACCAAGCUCUGCAACAGCAACUAAGCCAUCGUCCCGAUACAUCCGUACAAUUGUUGCCUCCCCAUGAAGUUCAACAACUACAACAUCAGCAAUUGCCCGCCAUAUCGGAUCAAUAUUUGACAAACGCAUUCCAACCCAUCGCCCCCACACUGAAAGACUAUGAUCCGCAGAGUCUUCAACAAUUUGGAGGGCAAGUGGAUUUGUGUUGCGCUACCAGCUUCAGUCAAGCCCACUUCUAUCUCUCUAGUCCGGGCUUUCCUCGAACCCUUUUCGCUAACUUCCUACCAACCCCACAACGCGACUGCGCCUUUUACAUCGAGAAAAGUUCUCCAAACGUCUGCCGUCUGCGUAUUAAUCUAAAAUACUUCGAUUUCGGGCAAAGCAGUGAGGGCGUGGGCAGUCAAUCUUUAAGUCCUGGAUUGCCGCAGUCGUUGGGCGUUCAGCGCAGCUGUACGCAAGAUUUUAUUGAGAUAGAUGGACAGCGCUAUUGCGGAUGUCGUUCCGGGAAUGUUCACAAGUCAUACUGGGGCGAAGGACGCAAAGCGCUGCGCAUGCGCGUCGGCUAUUCGGGACUGCAAUCUAAUGGAUUUCUGCUGGAGAUAUUCCAGGAUCAGGAUGAUAACGGCUGCCGCGAUACUGUGCCAUUGGCCCUUGGAAUUGGGGGCAACAUUGCAGGCAAUGUUGGGGGAAAUCUAGGAGGCAACCUUGGGAGCAAUUUUGGAGGCAACCUUGGUGGAAAUUUUGUUGCUGGUUUUCCGCAAUUUCUUCAGCAACCCAACGUAGGACUCUGGCCACCCCGUCCGUUGUGGCAAGCUUCAGGAUACGGCUAUCCACUACAGCAAUUCCAACAGUUUCCUUUACCACUUACCCCUUACCGACAGGGUAGGGAAGUGGCUUGGGCACGCGGCUUGGAAGCCCAUCAGCCCACUCGAGUCAUUGAGACAAACUCUACGCACAAAGAGUUCUACUAUUACGAUGCUGAUGAGGCGUUUGCGCGUGCGGCCGCCACAGGAAAGAGGGCGGAGCAGUCAGAUGGAACGGGCAGCCAAGUUAAUAUCAAAGCCUUUGAGCAGAGCAGUUGCUCCUUCGACUACAUGGAGGUGCUGAAGCUUUCUGUGGACACGCUUUGGCUUACCAAACCGCUGUGCUUUGCGCCGUUUCGGACAUGGCUAAGCAAUAUUUUCGGGUAG